CUACCUAUGUUAAUAAUGUUGUUUAUUUCUCCAGAGGAUGUCAUUCCCUGUGGAUAUAUUGAACAAUUGCAGUCAUGAGGACUUGGAGAGCUCAGCAGAGGACUUCCUCUUUGAUCUUCGGUGGGGGAAGCUAAGCUGUCCUACAUUCUUCUCUCUGCCAGACCACCGCAAAGUUCCUAUUAGCUUGUCAACUGUGGGCUAUGUUCCUCUUUAUGGUGAAGAGCAGACACACAAAGUUCUUGCGCUGUUUGCACCAUGGGACUCGCUCACAGCUGUAGCCCUGUAUCUUGCUGACCAGUGGUGGUCAAUUGAUGACGUUGUGAAAACAUCUGUCCCUGCUAGACAGGGGCUUCAUCAGGUGCAGUCUGUUGGAGAGAGAAUUGUUCUCUAUGUUCUGAAUCGAAUUAUCUAUCGAACGCAAGAAAUGGAAGAAAAUGAGAUCCCAUUUCUCUGUCAUGGAAGCAGUCACUAUGCUAAGAUCAUGUGGAAAAAAGGAGAGGCUAUUGGGUUCUAUUCUGUUAAACCUGCAGGAAGUGUCUGCAACUCAUUUUUUCAUCAGAAGUAUAAACUGACAGUGCUAGACACAAUGUUUGUGAGAAAGAAACAUCGUGGGAAAGACUCUGGGCUAAUCAUGUUGGAAGACUUUGUGGAUUCCUUUACUGAAGGGCCUCUUGGCCUACGAUACCCACUGUCAUCCUUUGUGUAUACAGCUUGUAAGCAGUAUCUUGAGAAGUACCCUGCAGACAAAAACCUUUUGUGGCAAGUGGAGGGAGCAGGAGGUUGGUUCCAAAGAAAGUCUAUUAUGUCUAUAGUGCAAAAGGAAAAUCUCAAAAUUGCAGCAGAGGCCUCAAAGAAGGAAAAUAACAGUUUGCAAACAGAGGAUAAGCUUAGUCAGUCUGCAGUAUCUGAAGCAAGUGGACAGAGGACUGAGAGGACUGAGCUAGAAACACAGCUAAAUGCUAACUUGCAAAAAGGUAAAGAAUCAACAACUGUCCAUGCAAGCACAUCUGAAGAGCCUUACACAAGUCAUGCUCCUGUCUGGACGCGAAGUGGUCAAUUAAAACGUCAGAGUAUAAAUAAACAUAGACAGCAACCUGGAUCUGAAACUUCCAAAGGAGAUGAUGAAAAUGCUCUUCCUGCGUCCAAAAGCAGGCCGGAACUUCUUGACCACACAUCUGAAAGCUCUGAAGACUUGGUAGAAGUACCUAAGGUGGAUACUGUUGAGAAGGAUGAGGAAUUAAUUGUUGAAAACGAGGGCCAGUCUGUGUUAGAAGCGGAGCUACAUAUAUCACCCCCUGAGAAACAGAAUGAGAAGGAGGAAACUCCAUCAGAACCUCUUAAUGGUGAGGUAGCAGAAGAAACUGGUAAGACCUCACUUAUGGCUGAAGAGGAAACAGCAAAUGAAGUUCCGAGUGGCGAGUCAAAAUUGCAGUCUGAGAGUCAAGGAAAAGAACCCUUAACGCUGUUUGUUCCAUUAAUCCUUGAGUCUCCAGCAAAAUCUUCAGAAGACACUGUAUCAGAAAAGGUUUUAAAUGAAAAUGAUUCAGAAGUGAUGACUGAAGAAGUUACAUCGGUAGAGAAGGAGGGCAUUGGAGAACAGCAAGAAUCUGAAAAGACCACCACUGAAAAUGCAUCUGCUUCAGCAUCAAAGGAGGAGCUCUCUGACAAUAGCCUGCCUAACUCUGUGGUAACUGAAGCAGCUGAAGAAUCUCUUCCUGAAAACUUACCUGCCUCAUUGGAAGUUCAAAAUGAGGAAACAGGGCACAACUCACAGGAGGCCCCUGUUGCCUUGAGUCAGAGCUCUUUGAUAGUGGUUGAACUUGAGGGUGUUUCUUUUCAGCAGCCUGCUGGACAGGAAGGACAGAAGAACCAGUUGGAAGAGCCCUCAGAAGAGUCUACAGAGCAGACAGAUCACUACACGCAGACAGUGGCAGAGAGGGCUGCUGACAGCAGCUCUGAGGAAGCAGAAAUUGAGGUACCUGUUGUAGAUCGGAGAAACUUGCGAAGAAAGGCCAAAGGCUAUAAAGGUCCACCCAAGAAAAAAGGAAAGCCAGCUUAAAAAUGAAAUAUUGAUUGUUAAUUCAUCUAUUUAUAAGAAAGCUAUUUUGUGUAAAACAUUAGGGUGUAACUAAACCAUAUCAGGCACAGGACAUGUGUGUUUAAAAUUCUGCGUUGGACUUCCUUUUGGGUUCAUCACCUUUUCUCAAGAUUUAAUUUUUAACCACUAGACAUUGAACUUCCUUCAUAGUAAGAAAGUAAAUAGCCAGUCUCCUCCCUUCAUAAAGGAUACAUGCUGAAGAAAUACAGUUAUGCUAUCAAAGGGAACAGUUUGUGUAUUUAAGGUGGCGGUCUUGGAAGAAAAAUGCAGUGCGAAAUCCUGGCCCUGUCAAGGUCCCUUAAAUUCCCAUAGAUGGCCAUGAUACCAGACAUCACUCCAGAUACUGGUUUUUUUUUUUAAUAACUUUGUGUUCUCUACUGUGGAGAGAAGCAGAGCAAGAAAAAUCCUUCCUUGCUUCUU